ACUAAAAGGGUAACCACUCAAAUCUCAUUCAAAAGUUUUGCUUUUUAUAAGUUCAGAAACCAGAAUCUCCAUCGUCUUUUCCAUAAUUAAUGUUGAGAGUUUCACUUCUGCUGUGUUUUCUUCUUACCAUAAAAAGCGUUUCUUCAAGCACUGAUGACUUUUGCAGAGAUGACUUCCCACCGGCACCGGCCUUUGUGUUUGGUGCUUCCUCCUCUGCUUAUCAGGUGGAAGGUGCUGCAGCCGAAGAUGGCAGGACCCCGAGCAUCUUGGACACAUAUGCGCAAGCUGGUCAUUUUCAUGGAGCCACUGGAGAUGUAGCGUGUGACGCGUAUCACAAAUAUAAGGAAGAUGUUCAACUAAUGGCAGAUACUGGAUUAGAGGCAUAUAGAUUUUCCAUCUCAUGGUCAAGACUUAUCCCAAAUGGAAAAGGACCUGUCAAUCCAAAGGGUCUACAAUAUUACAACAAUCUUAUUGAUCAACUAAUCAGCCAUGGUUACUAUCUACCUUAUGAUACUACAUUGUAUAUUUUCCUUCGAAUUUGGGGUGUGGUUAUACUCUUAGGGCAUGUUUACUUAGGAAUGGAGGAAGUCAUGAAUCAUGGAACUAAAUUGAGGAAUUGGAAUCAGAUCAACUAG